AAUAAUAAUAAUUUGCUACCGUUAAAAUGCUUUAUUGAACAUUUGUGUUUCUUAUAGUAAAAAUACUACAAUUUUCCAGAUCAGAUUUUAUGUAUUUUGUGUUUCUUGGGUCCAGUAUGAUGAUAUAUUAUGUCAAAGUGAAAAAAGAAUUGUCAGGUCAUAUAGGUGAUAUGCUGAAAAAAAAGAUACCAAACAUUGGCAAGUGAUAUAUAUAAAGGCAAAUUCAAAAGUAUGCAAAAAUGGCCAAAAUAGUUCAAGACUCCUAAGGGUUAAGGAAAUCUUAACUUAAGAUGCUUUGUGCAUCUUAAGCAGCUAAAAAGAAAAGAACAUGAAGCUGCAAUGAAGAACACUGAACUAGUUGUUGAAAGGGAAAAACACCUCCAGGAGUACGUUCAGCAUGAACUUUGCGAGGCUGCAGACAGUCAGUAAAAUGCUCCGCAUCUCUUAGGGGGUCAUAGUUUCAUAUUUGAGGGGAGGAACAUGGCCACAUUUGUAAACCCAUUUUAACCAGAAUGAUACACAGUUAAUUGAACAUCAGUGAACAUCUCUCAGUUAUCAACAACAUGAAGGGACUAAGGCAACUCAGGGCCCGUAUUCAAUGUCCAGAUAAACAAUAUUUGUAAGAACUGAUAGCAUUUUGCCUAGGGAAAAUUCUGCCCUGACAACAAGUGAAACCAAAUAUUAUUAUACUACAUUUCUCUUUAUUUGUUGCUAUGCAACAGUAACCAGAAUGGCUGGUCAGAAAAUUCAACAGUGCAUAGCAACAGUAACCAAGGGGGCUUAGCUUAGCAAAGAGAUUUAGAAUGUUUGUGCAUGAUGUCACAGAGAUCAAAGAAAGUGAUGUCCCAGAAUGCUUUGAUAUCCCAAAACAGACUUUAAUGUCAUUGGUUCAAAGGGAAACUGGAAUAUUCACAGGUUAGACACUUGAGAGACAAUUUCACAUUGAGUACCACGCAACGGGAUACAAAACUAACAACUAGCAACACGACACUAUACUAACGCCCAACACAACACUAUACUCACACAAUACAAACAACAAACUGAAAUGGCUCCACCACAAUCCACCAUUUUGUCCAGGGCUGACUGGGAAAGAAUCCAGUCUGCGGCCAAAGAGUGCACCAGACGGGAAGUGGAUCACCAGAAAUCCAGAGCAGAGGAAAGACGCCAGAAAGCCCGAUGGAUAAAGAUACAGGCGGCAAAAAAACUUAAGGAAGAAAAGGAAGAACGUUUGAAUAUGCUUGCUGCGGAGGAGGUUGAAUCAAAGAGACAGGAUUGGCAACAAGCAGUUGACAAAGCCAAUAUUAAGAGGUUUUACGAUAACGGCUGUGUCAGAAAAUUUAACCGUGCACUCCUGUUGACACAUGUGCAGAAGGAGAAUGAGUUACGGAUUGAAUUUAACCGAGAAAAACAGAGGAUUAAUAAAGAAAAACAGAGACAGUCUGAAGAGGGAUUGAGCUGUAGACAGGAAGAAGCUCUGAGGCAAGAGCAGGAGAAAGCACGUCAGAGACAGCUUUAUAACCAGGCUGUGGCAAAACAUCAAGCUGAGCAAAUGAAGGAGAAAAAACAGGUGAAAGAGAAAGAGAGGCAGAUGGAGAAGGAAGAGAGAGACAGACUCCGUGCCCUUGAUGAAUUGCAUGCGCAAGAAGUAAGACAUCAGGCAAAGAAAAAAGCUGAGUCUAAGAAGAGCGUUUUGAAAUUUAGACUGGAUGAUAUUUCCAAUCAAAACUUCCACAGAGAAAAGCAGGCACAGGCAUUAAUUAUAGAGGAGAAGAAAAUAAAAUGUGUUCAGUCUGAUAUAGAAGCAACAUUACAGCAAAGAAAAAAUUACCAAGAAGAAAUGUUCAGAAAGCGCCAGAUAAAAAGGGAAAUUGUGACAGACAAAUUUGCAGUGACAGUGAAAGAGGAGGCUGCCACUACAGCUCUGAGGGAGGAGGCCAAAUUUGUUAAGGCAGUGGCUGAGAAAGAAGCAGAACUGGCAAAGCAGAAGAAGGAUAAGAAAGAGAAGAGGGCUGCUAUGCUUCAGUCUAUUUCUGCCCAUCGCAAGGCAAAAAUACAGGAGAGAGACCUGAGGAAAAAGGAAGAGCAUGAGAAUAACCUGGACUGGUUUCAAGCCCAGAGAGAGUCUACAAGGCUGUUCCUGGAAAAGGCUGAGCUAAAGGCUCAGAAAACAAAACAAAAGCAAAUCCAGUGUCAGGACUUCAAUCUUGCCAAAAUGGCUGAAAGUCAGGCCCAUCUUCAACAGCUAAAAAGGGAGGAACAUGAUGCUGCAAAGAAGGAUGCUGAACUGAUUGCUGAGAAGGAAAAACACCUCCAGGAAUAUAUUCAGCAUGAACUUAGCAAGGCUGCAGACAGUCAGCGAAAUGUUGGGCAUCUUUUAGCUGCAAGCACAGGAGGGCGUGGUUUCAUGGUUGAUGGAGAGGAACCUGGCUACAUCUGCAAAGGCACUGGUGAGUCAAUGCCCAGAUUUGCCACUGACCAGACCCGCUUUAUGAAACAGUAUCUGGAACGCGACAGGCUACAGCUUACAUAUGUAGAGACAGGUAGGGAGGGUGAUCUGGAGCCAACUCACUUCCCACUGAUUUCUAAAGCAAUAAGGGUAAAAUCUACAGACACCUCAGCAUUAAAGCAGACAACUAGAGAACGAUGUAGCCCCACUGUUGGUAUGGAGGGGUCCAACUACCUCUCCAUAGAUACGGGUGAAUCAUUGCCCAGACUGGCCACUGAUAAAACUAGAUCGACAAAGCAGAAUCUGGAGCAAAACAAGCUGCAGCUAACUUACAAGGAGAACAGUAAGACCGAUUUUCAGUCAACUCCCCUACCACCCAUUUCCACAGAGGAAGUCCCUGCAGGACGACGUCGCUCCAAUGUUGGUAGGGAGAGGUCCAGCUAUUGCUCCAUAGAUACAGGUGAAUCACUGCCCAGAUUGGCUACUGAUGAAACCCGACGGACCAAGCAAUAUCUGGAGCGAAACAAGCUGCAGCUAACUUACAUGGAGAACAGUAACGCCAAUCUUCAGUCAAAUCCUCUACCACCCAGUUCCAUAAAGGAAGUCACUGCAGGACAACGUCGCUCCAGUGUUGGUAAGGAGAGGUCCAGCUAUUGCGCCACAGAUACAGGUGAAUUAUUGCCCAGAUUUGCCACUGAUAAAACCCGAAUGACCAAGCAGUAUGUGGAGCGAAACAAGCUGCAGCUAACUUACAUGGAGAACAGUAACGCUGAUCUUCAGUCAUCUUCUCUGCCACCCAUUUCGAUUAAGAAAGUCACUGCCGGACCACAUUGCCUCCCAGCUGGUGUGGAGGGGUCCCACAGCUGUUGUAAAGGUACAGGGGAGUCAUUGCCCAGAUUGGCCACUGAUGAAACCCAAUCGACCAAGCAAUAUGUGGAGCAAAACAAGCUGCAGCUAACUGACGAAGAGAACGGCAAGGCCAAUUUUCAGCUAACUCCCCUGCCACCCAUUUCCAUAAAGAAAGUCCCUGCCGGACCACGUUGCCUCCCAGCUGGUGUGGAGGGGUCUGACUACCGUUGUAAAGGUACAGGGGAGUCAUUGCCCAGAUUGGCCACUGCUAAAACCCGAUUGACCAAGCAGUAUCUGGAGCGAAACAAGCUGCAGCUAACUUACAUGGAGAACAGUAACGCCAAUCUUCAGUCAAAUCCUCUACCACCCAGUUCCAUAAAGGAAGUCCCUGCAGGGCAACGUCGCUCCAGUGUUGGAAAGGAGAGGUCCAGCUAUUGCGCCACAGAUACAGGUGAAUCAUUACCCAGAUUUGCCACUGAUAAAACCCGAAUGAUCAAGCAGUAUGUGGAGCGAAACAAGCUGCAGCUAACUUACGAGGAGAACAGUAAGGCCAAUUUUCAGUCAACUCCCCUGCCACCCAUUUCCACAAAGAAAGUCCCUGCUGGACCACGUUGCCUCCCAGCUGGUGUGAAGGGGUCCCACUACUGUUGUAAAGGUACAGGGGAGUCAUUGCCCAGAUUGGCCACUGCUAAAACCCAAUUGACCAAGCAGUAUCUGGAGCGAAACAAGCUGCAGCUAACUGACGAGGAGAACGGUAAGGCCAAUUUUCAGCUAACUCCCCUGCCACCCAUUUCCAUAAAGAAAGUCCCUGCCGGACCACGUUGCCUCCCAGCUGGUGUGGAGGGGUCUGACUACCGUUGUAAAGGUACAGGGGAGUCAUUGCCCAGAUUUUCCACUGAUAAAACCCGACUGACCAAGCAGUACGUGGAGCGUAACAAGCUGCAGCUAACUUACAUGGAGAACAGUAACGCCAAUUUACAGUCAAAUCCUUUGCCACCCAUUUCCAUAAAGAAAGUCCCUGCUGGACCACGUUGCCUCCCAGCUGGUGUGGAGGGGUCUGACUACCGUUGUAAAGGUACAGGGGAGUCAUUGCCCAGAUUGGCCACUGCUAAAACCCAAUUGACCAAGCAGUAUCUGGAGCGAAACAAGCUGCAGCUAACUGACGAGGAGAACGGUAAGGCCAAUUUUCAGCUAACUCCCCUGCCACCCAUUUCCAUAAAGAAAGUCCCUGCCGGACCACGUUGCCUCCCAGCUGGUGUGGAGGGGUCUGACUACCGUUGUAAAGGUACAGGGGAGUCAUUGCCCAGAUUUUCCACUGAUAAAACCCGACUGACCAAGCAGUACGUGGAGCGUAACAAGCUGCAGCUAACUUACAUGGAGAACAGUAAGGCCAAUUUUCAGUCAAAUCCUUUGCCACCCAUUUCCACAAAGAAAGUCCCUGCUGGACCACGUUGCCUCCCAGCUGGUGUGGAGGGGUCUGACUACCGUUGUAAAGGUACAGGGGAGUCAUUGCCCAGAUUGGCCACUGCUAAAACCCGAUUGACCAAGCAGUAUCUGGAGCGAAACAAGUUGCAGCUAACUUAAAAGGAGAACAGUAAGGCCGAUUUUCAGUCAACUCCCCCACCACCCAUUUCCAUAAAGGAACUCCCUGCAGGACGACGUCAAUCCAAUGUUGUUAAGGAGAGGUCCAGCUAUUGCUCCAUAGAUAUAGGUGAAUCAUUGCCCAGAUUGGCCACUGAUAAAACCCAAUUGACCAAGCAUUAUCUGGAACGAAACAAGCUUACAAGGGGAACAGUAAGGUAAGUCUUCAGUCAUCUCCCCUACCACCCAUUUCCAUAAAGGAGGUCCUUGCAAGAUGUUAUUGCCCCUCAGCCGGUGUGGAGGGGUCCCAAUACCAUUCUAAAGUUACAGGGGAAUCAUUGCCCUGGUUUGACAUUGUGCAAACAAGGAACAUCAAACACUAUCUGGAACCAAACAAGCUGCAAUUCAGGAAGAAGUAGACAGCCAAUCUACAACAUUCCCCUUUCUCCAUCUCUCUUCUGUACAUAUGUUUUCCCCACCUCACGUCCCUCCUUCCCCCAUCUUUCUUUCCUACAUCCCUUUUCCCCAUCUCUCUUCCCUCCUCCCCCCACUUUUCUUUCAAUCAAUCAAACUUUAUUUGGAUAGCACCUUUCAUACAGGUCAGUGAAAUUCAAAGUGCUUCACAGAUGACUGACAAGCCAAAAAGACAGAACACAUAUUGGCAGUAAACAGUAAAAAUAAUUUGAGACCGACAGAUUUGAGAAAAUAAUACAUAAUAGCAUUACUUCUCCCCAUCUC